AGUGUACUUUUCUAGUUUGAAGACAGAUCAAGGUUUAUUACUAUUGGUUUAAAGCGAACGCAAUGAGCCAGACUCAAACAAAAACUUUUAUGGGGAUAUAUUUACGACUUAAGCUGCGCAUCUUCUCCUGAUGGUUAUUAAUUCACUGUUUUAUUUUUUCCUUGGUGCAAUUAAGUAACAAAAUCCUUGCCAGUUUUCUUGGAAAAUUACUAUGAACUUCUUGACAACAUAAUACUAUCGGAAAGCCGUUCCCUGCAUAAAACUUGUUUCAUAGAGAAUGCAUCGGCAACAAACUAUUAUUGAUGAGAGACAAACAACGUGCCCAAGUGGUUUCAGUUUUUGUUUGCACUUGAUUUACCAUGUUUGACAACAUAGCCACGAAUCUCCAAGUCAUUGUGUACAGGUAGACUUGUCAAGUGUUUCGAGUGUCCAAUUCACCUCAAGGACAUUCUUCGACACCAAACAUCGCUACAGCUAUCUAAGUUAUAGCCACCAAUUUAGCCAUCGACCCAGUUCUGCUCAGUAACUCAUUUCAACCCAUCAAACUGCCUCACCUGCUGCUGCUGCUGAAGUUGUUGCUGCGAUGCUGAUACUCCUCUGCCUCGUCUUACUUGGGGCAUCGGCUUCGGCUUCCAUUUCUUCGGAAUUUGUGGAUCCUGACACGCCGCAUACGAUCGUUUAUCCUGUACGUGUUGAUAAACUUGGAAGGCAACUGGACAAAUCAAGCUCAGCUCAUCGAACCUUGAAUGCACGAAGGAAGCGUGAGACUUUAAUCGAGUCUUAUGACUAUGAAGAACUAGACCGUGAUGAGAUCGAUGACCAUUUUUCUUCCGAACUACCCUCAGAGAAUAUUUCUUCCGACACAGAAGACACCGAAGAGGGAAAAGAAAUAUUUGUAAAGAUUGAUAAUGAUGGAGAUGAACUGUUGCUCCAAUUGCGACCUAAUAGCAAUCUUCGACUGCAGGGCACCGUGGUGGAGUGGGUGCUGCCGAGUGGUGCAACUAUACUCAAAACAGCUCCAGAGAAUUGCUUUUUAGUUGGCACAACUGUUGGAAAAGAACGAAGCCUUGUUGCCGUGAGCAGCUGUUCAGGCUUCACUGGACUUAUCCAAUCUGGUCAAAACAGCUACUUCAUCGAACCCUUAUACUCCCGUCAUAAGCACCCAAAAUAUCAGCCACAAACUAAUUCGCAUUCAUCAGGAAAUCGAAGACAACCUAUGCAUCCACAGUCUCGGUUUAAUGCGUCAGAUCCUUUUGAUGAGAUGAGCAACGACGAUGAUCAUGGAAGAAUCCAGGAACAAAGCGGCGAUAUAAGCACGAUUACACUGCCUGAGCCUCAUGUCAUGUACAAUGUAAAUAGUGUUCUGAAACACCUGAAUAUUUCUUUACAGGAAGAUCAAAAAUUCGGUUGGGAUCCAUUGAAAAAAGGAGGCCGUCGACGUCACAAGAGAUCUCCGCGUUCGUCGCGGGCCACCCUCAGUGGUGCAAUUAAACCAAAAAAGGAGAAAGGCUUUGUACGUAAGGCCACAGCCGCUGCCCAUAAAGGUAAAGCUUCCGAGAAGAAAACAGAUCGUAAUAAGAGACGUAAAAAGAGGAACCGCCGGCAUAACAAAAGAACCCGUGAAAUGCGACAACGAUGCCGUGAACUAAAAGCUGGUAUUUUUCCCGACGAAAAAAAUGGAAACAUGACAGUCGCCGACUUAUUCAUAAAAAAUGGCACCGACAACGAAGACGAAGACACAGAUAUGAUUGAACUUGAAUUAAAUACGGAAAACCUUGAAGUUUGGUGUGCGUUAGAAGAGGAGAGAAGAGCUAAGAAACGACAGCAAAAAGAGGAAAGGAAAAUUGCCAGAGAAAUCAAACUGAAAGAAAGGGAGAUGAAAAAGCAAGCGAGAGAAGAACGAAAGCGACUGAGGCAAGAACGGAAGACCAGAAAGAAAGAGCAGCAAGCUCUUCCAUUUGAACAGGACCUGUUCUCAGGAUCAGCGUUGGGUCCCUGGUCGUCUCUGAAUGGCUCUGAGUGGCAUGGCGGGUACUCUCCUGACCUGCCCUGGGAGGUCGCUCUGCCAGGACACUCGCCCAGUGUCGUGGAGGAAGACUUGCGCUCGUUAGACACAUCACCGGCGCUAUUGUCCCCCAAGCGCUGGCUCGAGAUCACCGUCGCCGUGGACAGCUCCAUCAUAGACUUCCACGGCGAAGACCGCACCGAACAAUACGUCUUCACGCUCUUCAACAUCGUUAGCGCCAUCUACCAAGACCCUUCGUUAGGAGCCAAGCUUGAGCUGGUGUUACUCAGGCUCAUCUGCUACACAGAUCCAAAGCAGUCUCAGGUACGGGCAGGCGAAGCGAAGUCAUCGCUAGAGGCCGUAAACCGUUGGGCCUCGCGCCUGCACCACGCGUCGCAGCCGCCGCUGCGCCACGACCUCGCUGUGUGGCUCACAAGACUGCCGCUCGGUGGACCUUCUGGAUACGCUCCUGUAGGAGGCGUGUGUCAUCCUUCCAGGAGCUGCACCCUCAACAGGGAUGAAGGACUCACGUCAGCCUUCAUCAUUGCCCAUGAGAUGGGACACGUCCUCGGUCUGAGUCACGACGGCGACUCGAGCAGCAGCAACGCGUGCGUGUCUGAGGGCGUCAUGGGCUCCGUGAUGGCGCCCCUCGUGGCUGCCACCUUCACCAACUUCCACUGGUCCCGCUGCUCCAGGACUGAGUACCUCGACCUCGUCAAUUCUUGGGAAUGUCUGAAGACGCCCCCGUCGUGGGUGAACGCGACGACGGUGAGCUCCGUGAUCUCCUAUCACUAUUCCCUGGAUGACCAAUGCCGUAUGGAGUUCGGCGAAGGGUACGAACUCUGUCGCAGCUAUGGCCUGUCAGAUUCGUGCACUCAUCUUUGGUGUGCCAACUCUUCAACGCCUCACUUCUGUAAGACUAAGAAGGGACCGCCGCUGGAGGGCACUGUAUGCGGUGAAGGCAAAUGGUGUCGUUUCGGCGUGUGCUCAUCUCGUAGCACGAACAUUGAUGCUCGAGAUUCUGCUUUAGGAGUUUCUAGCUCCAUAACAGGCGGCGAGGUCCCCGACAGUUCAGCGUCCACACCCGUCCGGCACAACCCCCAGCAUGGGGGGUGGAGCCCCUGGAGUGACUGGGGCCCGUGUUCUGUUACUUGUGGACCCGGGGUGUCCUUUAGAAGCCGCACUUGUGAUAGACCAACCCCUCAGUGGGGUGGUAGGAGCUGUCGUGGUAAGAAGGAGGAAUGGAAAGUGUGCGGUUCACGUGCCUGCUCCGACCUCAGCGACGUCAGAGCCGACCACUGCUCUCAGCUCUCAAACUUGGUAGAACUUGAUCAGCGGAUGUCUCUGCUGCACUGGCUGCCAUACGAGCCUAAAAGCAAGCGUCUGAAGUGCCGCGUGUCGUGCUACAGUCGCGCAACCAACGAAAUGUACCUCGGCCACGAGAGCCUCAGGGACGGUGCGCCUUGUUCCUAUGACUCUCCUCGCCAUCAUAUUUGUGUUCAGGGUAAAUGUGUGGAAUUGGGCUGCGACUUGCANAACAUCCACGGAGGAGACGUGCAAAUGCCGGUCCACGUGACGUCAUCGUACUACAGCCCUGACCCCCCAAACAACUACCGCUGGGUGGCGGGACCUUUAAGCGCUUGUUCAACCACCUGUGGAGGAGGUGUGCAACGGCCGACGUUGGAGUGUGUGAAUGCUGCCACGGGAGCCCUGGCGUCACAUGACCGCUGUGAGCAUCUGCCUGCUCCUCUCGUGCAGGCCUUACCUUGCAACAUAUUCAGCAUGUAUUGGAAUGGAAUUAUUGCAACUAUUUUAUUUCAUUUUUGGCAUCAGCGCUACUCCGCGAACUGGAACUUCGACGGGUGGUCCAAGUGUGAAGGUAUCUGUGGAUCAGAAGGUAUACAAGAGGCGCUGUGGCGAUGCUCGCGGGAUACGCACGAGUCAGAGAAUGAAAUCGACGUAGCCGAGACUCAACCGAAGUCCUUAAGCAUCGACGACCGCAUAAAUUGCGGGCCUUACCCACCCAAAGAAACUUCGGCAUGCAUAGUGCAAUGUGAGAACUCCACUUCAGAAUGCGAGGAUAGUGAAAUUAUGGACGUGCAAGAAGGCGACGAAACUCUGCUUCUCAGUUUGUCAAGUAAUACUUUGGAUCACAGAGAGAGUGGGCGCCUCAAAUUUUCCCGUUGCAAUACCGAAAAGUUUGACGGUGAUUUGGAAGCUGGUAAGCCUAACGCAGAAAAUGGUUUUGAAUCUACAGCAAAAGAUCCGUGGUCGCGCAAUUCAUUUUUGGUUCGUCGCAAACAAUUUCCGUUUGAUUCGAAAAAUUCUACGAGGUACUCGCAUCCUGCAGUUAAUGAUUUCCCGUCACUUACAUGUAAAAAAGAUGUGUCCCCUUUAUGCGAUUUACCUUCAUUAAGAAAAUACUGUAUGCUAAGAGGGUAUAAAAAAUUGUGUUGUGCGACCUGUGCCGAGGUAAAUUGAUUUGAAAUAGACGGUUAAAGUUUUUAGGAAUUUUAGCGCAACUAAGAAAUGUCAUCCAACUCUUGUGGGGAAAACAUCAUUUCGCCCUUAAAUGUUUCACCAGGUGCUUAAAUUGUAUAAUUAUCAUUGUCUUAAUUGUUGUGUAUCUUGUUGGCUCUGAACCAACAAUUAGAUAGAAGACUUAAAUUAUGUUUAAAAUAUUCAUAACGAAGUAAACAA